CCCCCUUCUCCAUCUCCACUUCCUUCUCUCUAUCUAUCCAUCCAUCCAUCCAUUCAUCUACCUAUCUAUGCAUCAUAAUCCAUCACGAAUUGAUCCUUCCGCCCUCUUCACAUCCUGGUUCCUGGAAUCUCGAUCGUUCAGAUCCAGCCUUCCUGGCCAAUCCUUCCACCCCAUCGCUCGUUCUUGUUUCCCCCAUCGAUCGUUGCUGCUACUUCUGUAUAUGCACCCUCCAUACCCCACAAGGCCUUCCUUGACCUCGACCGAACGUCAUGCAUCGAACCCAAUUUUUCUAGAACCUCCAUCGGUAGUUACUUGCGCAUCAUUCCGAUCCAGACCCAUCUCAACGACUGCCGUGCCGCUCACUCCAAUUGUUUGCUCUGGAUCUAUCCAUCAUUCUAAAACUGGCAAUCGCUCAGAGCUAUUUGCUUUGAGUUUGAACUCAUUUCCAACUGCAAUCGCUGUUAAACUUCGGCCAUACGGUUCACCACAGGAAGAGGAUGUCGGUCUGCCGGUGCUACCGAUGCACUUCGCAGAGCAGGCAGGGGCUUCCCGAAAAGCUAGGACAAACAAUCGCAGCGCAACAAACAGUACAAUUUUGCACUCUAAGAUCUCCCCACUCUAAGCUGUCAGCGCUGCCUCUCUCCACUUGAUGGGCCAAGUAAAGCACUGGGAUCAACGUUCAUACAUCCAUGGUUUCGGGUCCAUCCCUGCAGCUGUUCCCAGCCCGCCUUUGCAGAGGCAACGUUGGGGGCGUCGCUGACGCUUGAGCAAGCAGGCACGACCCCUGUGAGCGUCACACCUCGAUUCAAU